AUGUUGCCUCUACCGGUGCGGCGCGCGGUGGCCGCUGCUCCUCAGUGGGCAAGUGGGCUGACUUCUCUCGCCGCGUCGGCUCCAAAGGUCGCAGCCUCGCGCUUCAUCAUGAGUCGCCCUCAGCGGCGCUACUCCUCGUCAAAACCCUCAAGAUCCGAUGAGCCCAACGAUAUUGCCGCCGGCCAGUCGGUGCCGGCAUCUACCUCGCGCGGAGAGAGCAAAGGCAGCAGGAAACGAAAGAGCAAGGAUUCAGCUGACCGGAGUGCGGCUUUCAAGAAACUGCCCAGUGUUCCCAACACUCACCACAUGUCUCAAGAAGCCCUGAGCUUAUCGAGCUUCUUCUCACUCCACCGUCCCAUUUCCAUCACCCAGACCAUGCCCAGGACUGUUACAGACGAGCACUUUGCAUCCAUAUUUGCGCCUCGAUCAAAGUCGAACAGGAUACGAGACACCGUCUCUGCAAUUUCUGACACCAUUGACCAGCUGGAAGGCCCCAUGGCUCAGGUGACAAUAGGAUCUCAGGAUCAAGGGGCUGGCGAUGGUAUGCACAGAGUCGACGUUAAGAAUCCUGAUGGAACCGAAUCGAGCAUCUACCUCCAGGUUGAUACCAUGUCUGGAGAAUUCUUGCCCUUCCGCCCCCCUCCGCUGCCCGAGGCGCAGCAAGGCGCUGAGGCUGAAGGAGUUGCGGCUGAGGCUGAAGCUUUGGAAGAGGCUCACCACCGAGUUUACAAGGCCAUGUUCACCAUCGAGGAGUCCACAGAGCCGGACGGCCAAAUCAGGAUCAUCGCCCACAGCCCUCGGAUCAUCCAGGACGAGCAGCCCCGGAGCUUCUUGGAGCGUCUGGCAGUCCGCCAACUGCGGGUUGACCAAGCUCGCGGCCAGCGUGACCUCUACGCCAUCAGCGUUAAGCGACAACGAAAGCUCAAGAUGAAGAAGAAGAAGUAUAAGAAGCUGAUGAAGCGAACAAGAAACUUGCGCCGCAAGCUGGAUCGAACCUAA